AUGGGACCCCCAAUGCAUUUUUCUCCUACGCCCCCAGGGGAAGAGAAAAACUCCCUCUGUACCACUAUUUUCAAAAUUUGUUCUCCGCCAGUGGCUCCUGAUCGGCUUAGAUAUUGGCUGUGCCCUCGCAUACUACUUUCCGGAGACUACUUUCCGGAGGUGGGCAAGCAUGGUGGCAUCACUAGAUCAGAAUACACUAUCCUGGACAAACUGCUCCAGCACCUGCUGAAUUUCCGCCUGCAUCUCAAGACUCAGGGUAUCUCGUUUCUGGUAAUCCCGGCCAUAAUGACCGGACUGGUGCGUUUGGUAGACACCACGGACCAUGCGGAAAAGAUUGAUAGGCACGUGUUGGCCGGGUAUAUCAUAUUGGCAUGCCUGCCGACCACUAUUGUGUCAAAUGUGGUGAUGACUCGGGCUGCGGGUGGAGAUGAAGCGGCGGCGUUGGUCGACGUGGGCAGGGAGCAAGGUUGUGAGCGGGGGGAUUUGAGUGUGAGUACUGGUGCGGGUGGAACGAGUGAAGAUAUGCAAGAAACCUUACAUGAUUGUGCUGAUGUUAUUGAGAAUGUUGUUGAGCGCGGAGAAAAGGUGGUUGGUACGUUUACUGAAAUUGGGUAA